AUGUAUCUAUACGGCAAAUCAAUGUUCAAAAACAAUGGUAUCGAUAUCCAGGGAUACUCUACAUCUAUGCCAUUCUCUCAAAUAGGGAUCAACGGAAUUGUGAAUCUGAAAAACUUGCACGUCAAAAACUACAGAUCCCCACAGGUGUCUGUUCUGAACUUUUUGCCGCCGCGCCAUGUCGUUCUGGGAUUGGAAAACCUGGAUAUCGGAUUGGGAUCCGAUUUCACGGCAAAUGCAGUUCCGAUAGUUGUGGAAGGGAACUUAGUUGGAACAAUAACUGGAAUGACAGUUGCUUUAACAACUGAACUUCUGACUGAUGUAACUGGAAAGUUGAAUGCAGUCGUUAGAAACUGCUCGGCUCUAAUUGCAAAUAGUCAAAUAACAAUUAACCCAACUGGACCAAUGGGAAUAUUUGUCAAAACUUUUGAGCCAAUGAUAAACGACUCUGUUCGUCAACGGAUUCCUGAAAUAUUCUGCAGUCGACUUCAGAAUUUGAUUGAGAAGAAUAUAUCAAAACUAUUUGAAUUCAUCACAAAAAUCAAUCUAGAAGAUUAUUUCCCAAAAAUGAAUAAACUGGACACGGAUGUGAUGAAUAUAUUUAUUUCCCAUUUGGCAAAAGGAAUGUACGUGGAUAAUCGAAUGAUAACUCAACCGUUAAUAACUAUGGAUUAUAUUGAAACAAAUCAUCAAGGGGAAAUUCAAUUCGAAUCAUUAUCUGAACAGACUCCAUUCUUCCCAAGACCAAUGGAACAAUUGUUCAGAGAGCCUCUUUCCGAUCAUAUGGCUCAUUUCUAUGUCUCUGAUCAUCUUCUGAAUAGUAUGUUGUAUCAUGCUUAUCAAGACAAUCGGUUGGCAUUGAAAAUCGAUGAAUCCAAUCUUCCACAGGAAAUGAAAAGUUUUGUCUCCACACAGUGCCCGUCGAAGAAGCACCAGACAUUUGUCUGUGUUGGAUACCUGAUUCCAGAAAUUGGCAAAUUGUACCCUGAUUCAACAACUUCCUUUGCAAUUCUUCCGCAUGGUCUACCGUAUGUUAUGUUCAAUCGAGAUGGCAUGGCCGUAGAAAUUAAAAAUCGAAUCCUUACAUAUGCCACUCCAGAUGACGAUUCUCACUCAAGAAACCGUUCUCAAAUUCUAGUAUUCUCGAUCAACGGUCAAGCGGACAUAACUUUUUCCCCGACAAACGAAACCUUGAAUGCCCGAAUGAAUUUGAACAGAUUCAAUGUGAGAUUACAUCGUUCGGCAGUUCGCGGAAUAGAUGAGACAUCCAUUGCACGGCUUUCACCCCUUUCCAAAACUUUUAUCGCUCCUAGACUCAGUACGGCUGUCGAAAAAGCAGCGCGUUUUCCGAUGCAGGAUACGAUCAAAUUUGUGAACCCUGUCAUCAAAAACUAUGAUGGAUUCAUAAGUUUAUCAACGGAUUUUCAUCUCGAGAGAAAGAAAAUUGAUGCGAUUGUCAGGAAGUCGAUAGAGUUUUAA